AUGACAAGCGAGACCUAUGGCCGACUCCCAAUCGCCAAAUCAAGAAACCCAUUUACUUGCGGUAUCACGGGACGGACAUAUUCUGUUUCCGAAGCUCAUCAGCGCGCCGACUUCCUAGCCUGUGCGCUCGCCAAAAGACUCGACUUUUCACCAAACGAAGGUGUUGAAUGGGACAAGGUCGUUUCCAUCUUUUCUGUCAAUACUAUCGAUAGCUUCACAGUUACGCAAGCUAUUCAUCGACUGAACGGCAUUAUUACACCCGCGAGCUCUGCUUCAGACCUGGAACAUCAACUGCGGUCAUCUGGGGUCAAAGCGCUCUUCACAUGCGCUAGCCGUCUUGAUAUCGCCGUCAAAGCAGCCAAGACUGUGGGUAUUCCUCAAGAUCGCAUAUUCAUUCUAGCUACGUCAGACGACAACUCAAAACUGCCUUUCACAACAUUUGAUGAUCUUGUGAAAGAGGGCGCAGACCUACCAAAGUUGGAACCACUAAAAUGGGUUAAAGGCCAAGGUGCGAGGCAAGUCGCCUUCCUCUGCUACUCCAGCGGAACGUCUGGACUUCCAAAAGCAGUUAUGAUCUCCCAUAGAAACGUUAUCGCCAACGUCCUUCAACUCACGACAUACGAGAGCGUUUCGAGAAAGAAAGAUGGAAUCGAGACACAAGCAUGUCUCGGUGCCCUUCCUUUCAGCCAUAUUUACGGACUACUCAUUAUUUCUUUUGCAAGCACUUUCCGAGGUGACGAAGUUGUCGUCCUACCUGAGUUCGAUCUGGAGAAGGCUUUGGUUGCUGUUCAAACAUAUAAGAUCGCCCAUAUGUUUGUCGUACCGCCCAUCAUCAUCCGCAUCAUCCAUAACCAGGCCCUGUGCGCCAAGUACGACUUGAGCUCCGUGCGUUGGCUCUAUACUGGUGCUGCACCUCUCGGUUCGGAAGUAGUUGAAGAGGUCAAAAGGCAGUAUCCGAAAUGGCGUGUCGGUCAAGGCUACGGUUUGACCGAAACCUGUACAGUAGUCUGUACCACGAGCGAAGACGAUAUCGACAUUGGAUCUUCAGGCUCUUUGGUGCCCGCAACUAAAGCCAUGAUUAUCGACAUCGAGACGGGCGAAGAGAUCACAGAGUACAACAAGCCGGGCGAGCUACUCGUGCAGACACCUUCGUUGGUUUUGGGUUAUAUGAACAACGAACGGGCUACAUCUGAGACUUUCAUCUGGAGGAAGGACGGUCGCUGGAUUCGGACCGGCGAUGAGGUUCUCAUUCGGCUAGCGCCUUCUGGGAACGAACAUCUCGUAGUGGUGGACAGACUCAAGGAGCUUAUCAAGGUCAACGGUCACCAAGUUGCCCCAGCAGAGCUCGAAGCUCAUCUCCUUUCACACCCAUACGUCUCAGACUGCGCUGUUAUCCAAACACCCAACGACAAGGCCGGCGAGGUACCCAAGGCAUACAUCGUCAAGUCGGAUGCUUGUGGCGGACAACCUGACGAAGCGCUUGCUCGUGCAAUCUGCAAACAUGUUGAAGAUCAUAAGCAAAGAUACAAGUGGCUUGGAGGUGGUGUUGAGUUUAUCGAGACAAUCCCAAAGAGUCCCAGUGGCAAGAUUCUCAGAAGAUUGCUGCGAGACAAAGAAAAGGAAGCAAGGAAGAGUUUGGUGGCCAAGCUUUAGCUGUUUUUUCCCUUCGGGUGACUGAAUUGCUGUUGG